AUGGACAUGGCGAUGGACACUAUCGUUCCCGAAUCUUUACCUUGGGAACAUACGGAUGAAGGACCUGACGACUCAGUAUCUCAUUUGAAAACGUCUUUGAUCGGCAACUCGAUCACUCUCCCUAUCUCCAAAGGUAAACUCGUCUUUGGUACAUGGCAAGGAAUCUAUCUCGCAGAGUUCAGGCAUAGCGGAGCAGGAUGGGGGGGAAGAGGACAGGGAAGAAAGGUCAUUGCGACUAUCUUGUGA